AUGACGACUCCGUUUCCUCUCUUCCGGCUUCCAAGACUUGCACUGAUUCCUGUUUUUCAAUGCAUGGAGCUUAUUGAAGUAAUCGCCUUCUCCCUAAUCUCUCAAAGAAGUUACAAUCUCUCAAAAUACCUUCGCAAAAAAACAUCUUUCCGCUACAUUGAUCUGGAAAUAGAGACUGACUGUGUUUGUAUGAGGAUUGCUCUGACAGAUGGGUCAAUCCUACCACUGUAUUUCUACACAGACGACUCGACGAUAAUAGAAGUGUUUUAUCCGUACAAAAAAAUUCAAUGGAGAAACAUCGGAUUAUCUACAGAACAAUGGGUUGAGCGAGUGCUUGAUGUGACAAAAUGUCCAUCUCUCAGAAAACUGAAGCUCGACGCGGUACCAAAAUUCAAUGUGUUUUCAGUUUUUGAAGUAAUACCAAAGGUCACUGAACUUUAA